AUGGUCAUACCAUUCCCAAGUAAUUUUUUUUUAAAAGUCAACUUCCCAAAUAACCCUCGUGUUCCAAGUCUAAAAAUCACAACUAUCUUCCACCACAACCACUUCUGCCUUUCACCACCACCAUCGUCAACUUCCACCGCCUUCCAGCAUUACCACUGCCCACCACUUUCCACCACUAUCAUCGCCACCGCCUUUCACCACCGACACCACCUUCCUUUGUCGCAACCAUCACCACCACUAUCUUCCACCACCGUCGCCGCCAUCACCUUUCUCCACCACCAUCACCUUCCACCACCGCCACCGCCUCUCACCACCGCUACUGCCUUCCACUACCACCACCUUCCAUCACCGGUCACCACCGCCACCGCUUUCCAUCGUCACUGUCUUCCACCGCCACCGCUUUCCGUCAUCACUGCCUUCCACCGCCACCGCUUUCCAUUGUCACUGCCUUCCACCACCAUUGCAGUCACCUCCAUUGGCUUCAACAACCACCAGCUACACUACUAUCUCUUUCCACCACCAACACCAUUACCGCCUUCCAACACCACCACCUACACCCAUUACCGCUUUCCACCUCCACCAUUGCCACUGUCAUCAUUUAUUUUUAAAAAAUUAUAA